AUGCGUCAAUUACGUGUAUCAAUAUCUCAACCUCAACAAGUUGUUGUGCAUCGACCUUCUUAUCAAACUCUUCCUCCUAAACAAUCAGUCAUCAAUAAGAAGAGAGAUCGAAAUGUUUUAUUGAUGGAAUAUUAUUCAUCAGCCUAUAUUCGACCUAGUAAAUAUUUGCUAUUAAGCAGAGAGGAUGUUGAAGAAACUGGUGAUGAAGACAAUAUUUCUUCUCAUCAUCAGGAAGAAACUAAUUUGAAUGAAAGUCUUCUCGUUUACACUAAUAUUGAACAAGAAUCAGCUUUAAAUAGAAGAGGUCUGUUGCAUGUUGGUGAAGAUUGCCUUUCGAUUAUUGCCAAGUACAUGCGAAUAGAUGAAAUGUACACAUGUAUACAAACAUGCAAAGCUUGGGGAAGAAUGUUACUUCCCACCUUUAUGUUAUUAUCAGAGGAAACUUUAGAAUAUGAAGAACACUUGCUGGACUUACUCACCUAUGGUUUGAAAGUGGACAAUAAUCCAUUGGAUUUUGCUUCAGAAGGAGUGUUUUCUGAGCAUGCUACAUGGAAACCACAUUUAUGUUAUCUUGAACAACAAGAAGUUGCACCAUUCGAAGGAAAUUUUGAAGAGGAAGAGGUCGUAGAGCAUAAAGAUUUACAAAUUUGUAGGAUUAAUCUUCCCUUUGGUAGUCCUCUAUGUAAGGGAACAAUAACAGAACAAUUCGAAUUGAUACAAGAUGAAGUAAAUGUAGAUAGCUAUCGGGAGGUGGUGAAUGAACAUCUUGGUAUUCCAAUAGAAGAACAAUGA